GGCAACAUUCAGCUGAAAUGUCAUUCACCGACAACAAUUAAAAAAUGUCGGAAUCGUGUCAAGGCGGUAAUUGUCAUGAAAAUAUCGAAUAUGGGCCCGACGAAUCACCCACCAAACUCAUCGUCAAUUACAUUCCUGAAGUCAUGACACAGGAUAUGAUGUUUUCGCUGUUUUCCACAAUGGGUAAACUGGAAAGCUGCAAGCUGAUAGCCAACAGAGGAUACGGGUUCGUGGAGUACGCGAGUGCAGAGGAUGCCGUGAAGGCGAGGAAGGCCUUCAACGGCCUGCUGAUGCAGAACAAGACGCUCAAAGUGUCGCACGCGCUGCUGAACCCCGAGAUGAAGCCGCCCACGAAGCCGGAAGCCGACUGGAACCUCUACGUGUGUAACCUGCCCAACGAACUCACCUUGCAGGACUUACACGGUCUUUUCGCACAAUUCGGUAAAAUAGUUAAUUCUCGCAUCGCCGCAGGCAUAGCUUUUGUCUUAUUUGAACACCAAUAUGAAGCGGAAAGAGCCAUCCAAAGCAUCAAUGGCUCCACCCCGCCAGGUUUUUUACACCCUUUAACUGUUAAGUAUGCUAAUAAGACUAACCCUAAUAAACAUAAAAACAAUAAUAAUAACUUUACUAAAAACGCAUUGGUUAAACCUUAUCAUUGGAUUAAUCAUAUGGGUGCUAUAGGAGAUCACAGCUCACCGAGCACAUGGUCUAUCUACAUUUAUAAUAUUGCUCCGGAGGUGGAGGAGCUGACUCUGUGGCAGCUGUUUGGUCCGUAUGGUGCUAUAGUGUCGGUUAAGAUUAUCAAAGAUCACCAUUCUAACAAGAGCAAAGGCUUUGGAUUUGUGACGAUGCGGAACUAUGACCAGGCCGCCAUGGCCAUCCAGGCCCUGAACGGCUAUGUUCUCCACUCUCAGCCUCUCUCUGUUAGUUUCAAAACACAAAAAAGAUAAUGUCUAAGAGAAAGCCUUAAAAAAAUUUACAAUAUCAAUACAGUAAUAAAUAGACAAAACAAUUAUUGGUCCGCAUAUACAAACCGCAUCAAAAUAAUCUGACUCUUGACUCGUACACCUUUGUGAAGUCUGUCGACUCUUGUUGAAAAUAUUAUAUUACUUUGAGCUAUCAACAUUGUUAAGUUUGUUUCUUAUUAUGAAUAAUAAUUUAUUCAGUUUGCUCGUUAAAUAUUUCAAGUUUACUAGACAUUUAAGAUUGUAUUGAAAAAUUGUUGUUUGGAAUUUCAACAUCAGUUGUGAGCUAGUAGCUUCAUUAUUUUUAUCUAUUAUUUAAGUAUAAUAUACCAUUUUAAAGGAAGUGCUUUUACAAGAUCUUACUAAUUGAUAAGCCACAUUGAGAUGUUUAAUCAACUACUAGUUUUAGUUGUACACUUUUUAUAACAUGAUGUCUAUUUAGGUAGUGAAAAUGAGAUCUAGAUUAUAUCAUAUUUAUACAUUUAGUAUAAAAUUUGCUGAAUUAAAGUUCAUUUUCACAAUUUUA